UCCUACUACCCCUAACACACACCUCCAUAUCGUCGCCGUAAUGCUCGCGCUUGCUACAGCCUCCUCCGCAUGGUGGUUCCCGUCUGGCGCGUCGACGCGCGACGCGACUGUCGACGGGAUCGACCUCGCCUGCCCCGACACUUCCGCGCCUUUCGGUCUCGCGUGCGGAAUGAAGGUCGUUGCGACAGCAAAGGCGUCCUGCUCCGACGUUUUGGAGGAGAUGCACGCGCGUGUGGACGGGCAGGCCGACGGGUCCUGGCACGACCCGCACAACCGCGGCACCUACGCUGUCCAAAAGUACGGUGGCAGCUUCUCGACCUCGCGGCUGACGGGCGACGGCAAGUUUACGGACAAGCAGCUCUUCACGUUGACCCGGACGGGGAGUGGCUCGUGCCAGAUACAGGCCUGCAGCCGCAGCCAGGUGCCCUCGGGCCUCGACGCGGGGACAAACUACUGUAACCUGAAGAUGCUCUUCUGUGGCUCGCAUGACUGCGCCGGCGGCCGCUGCUGCAAGCCGCUCAAGCAUGACUUCACCACCGCCGGCGAGCAGACGGAGAAGUUCAUGCAGUCGAGCGUCGAUCUUGGCGCCUGCCUGAAGGUCUAGGCGGAAGGCCGCGCCCCGCGCGGCGUGAGCUGCGCAGGCCCGAGCCCUCAGUUCAUUAGUGAGUUCAACAUAGCCGGCUGUGGCCGGUCAGGAUGCGGCGUGUUUUCAUGUUCGUUUGUCGCGUGUGACGCGUGUGUGCUAGCGUGUGUGCGCUCGCUGUCCGUGACCGUGUUGCUGUUGGCGUUGUGACACAUCCGGACGUGCGGUGUACGAUGUGGCGCGUCCCGGGUAACUGACUGAUGCCACUGUGCUGCUGCUGAUGAUGCCCCUCCCAGACACGAAACACGUACACGACUUCACGAGAGCGAGAGCCUUUGUGGGAGUCCGAAAGAGCGCGCCGCGGUGUCCCGCACCUGCCUGCGCACCCUGACGAGCGAGACGCGAUUAGGAGAGAGAUGCUAGAAGAGAUCUGCCGCCGCGGCUGAGCUAGCGCCACCACUGCCACCAAGCGAUCUCGCCACGCGCGAUUCGCUCCGCCCGCUCCUCCGCCCGCCGCUUGCGCUCCUCAUCGCGCUUGAUCGCCCACUCCUGCCGGAAGCCCGUCUGCGCGUCGUUGGUCUCAAAGAGCACCUUCUGCAGCGCCGCCUUCCGCUCCUCGACGACCUCCUCCCCGGGUUUGCUGCGGAUGCGGUAGGUGGUCGUCUGCAUGAGCUCCUCGGGCGGCAUCGAUAGCCGGCCACGGUUCCACGCCAGCAUCAGCACCGGAGGGACAAAGAAGACGAUGCUCCACAUCAGCAUCGCCUUUGUGUUGUACACGAAGCCCAUCAACCGUCUGGGCUUGGGCUGGCCAGGGAUCUGGCCUGGGUCGUGGCUCUCCAUGACAGCGCUGGCGGACGGAGCGAUACGGAUACGGCACGCAGGCGUCAAGGGAGGGUCGCACUCGCGCGCCC